UUCUCCAUCUCUUCCUCUCUCUCUUUGCGAGAUUCUCUUUCCUUAUCUCUCCGAAAUCAACGUCCAAUCUUCAGGAAGACCCAACUCGCCGGCCUGGCCUCAAAUCAUAAAUUCAGGGUUGAUAUUGAUUUCACUUCGCGUUCAACGCGCAAAAAGAGGAAACCAUGGACGCCGAAGCUUCAUCAUUCGAGACCAGCGAGAUGUUGGGGACUUUCCUGACAUCGACCCCACUGCCAAAGGAGGCGUGGAGGGUAUGCAGCACCGCGACCGCGAUGGGGUGUGGUGCCUUUGUGGUGGAGCAAGUCCGGGGCGUGGGGUAUGUGGCGCUCUCGGGCAUCCAAGAGAUGCUGCUGCUCGGUUCGGAUCCGAACUAUGGCAUGCUGGCGCCCUUGGAUGAGGCAGGCCACGGACUGUUUGCGCUGUUGAAAUGCCGUUAUGACGGCGAGGAGCCGGUCAUGGUCCACUCGGGAGUGCUUCACCUAUUUCUUCAUUAUCACUCGCGCCCUGAUUUUCUAAGCCAGAUUCAUAGCUUGUUGCUUGAAACCAAGUCAAUAGUGAUCACAGGCCACUCCUUAGGAGGAUCAGUUGCGUUCCUAAUAGCUCUUUUGCUCCUCUCCCAACUCAAAUCCAUCUUCCGCCCCCACUUGGUCCUAUGCAUUGGUUUCGGCUCUCCUUUCCUUGGCAACGAGUCGCUUUCCCGAGCCAUCCUUCGUGAAAGAUGGGCUGGCAAGCUUCUACAAUGUCGUGUUGAUGCACGAUAUAAUGCCUAGGUUAUCUCUCCACCAAUCACUUGUUUCGACUCCCCAGUGGCAGGCCCUUAUAAAUUUCUGGUACACAUCUAUGAUGUUACCGAACUCUAUGAAUUUUGCUAACCUCCAAUUAACUGAAGAAGACAAAGCUUGGUUAUUUUCCUUCGUUGCUGCUGAGAUGGAGCACCUAGCUCGGGCAGGGGAAGGCUCGGGAGGGAGGUUAUUUUGGCCAUUUGGGAAUUAUUUGUUUUGUUCAGACGAGAGUGCGAUUUGUUUGGACAACACCAUAUCGAUCAACAAGAUGAUGCAUUUAAUGCUAAAGACAGACUCUUUGAAUUGUAUCAUUGAGGAGCACCUUAAAUAUGGGUGGUAUGUUGAAAGAUUGACUCGUCAGUCUUUGAUCAGAAGCUUCAUGGAAGGAGAUCUCUCUAAAUCAAGCUAUGAAGCAAGUCUUUCAAUGGCUUUGAACUCCUUGGGGACUCAUCAACAGGUCUUCAUUGUGGCAAAAGAUUACUUGACUAUGGCAAGGCGAAUAGGGCGUGCGCCAAACCUAAAUGCUGCUAAUUUGGCCAUUAGGCUAUCCAAAAUCACUCCUUAUAGGGCAGAGAUAGAGUGGUAUAAAGCUUGUUGUGAUAAGUCCGACGAGCAAAGAGGAUACUAUGAUUCUUUUAAGCAGAGGGGGGCCUCAAAGAGAGAGUCCAAGAUAAACAUGAAUCGGUUCAAGCUUGCGGCCUUUUGGGACGAUGUCAUACACAUGUUAGACACAAAGGUGCUGCCACAUGAUUUGCACAAAAGGGAAAAAUGGGUAUACGCGUCGUACUCCUACAUGCUUCUUGUGGAGCCAUUGGACAUCGCAGAGUAUUAUCGAUCGGGGAUGCACCUUGAGAAAGGCCACUACAUAAGCAAUGGAAGAGCGAGGAGGUACGAAAUUUUCGAUCAAUGGUGGAUUGAGGGAAUUUAUGCUAAGAAAUUGGGCAAUAUGAGGACUAGGUAUGCAAACUUGACCCAUGACACUUGCUUUUGGGCAAGGGUGGAGGAAGCAAAGGAGUGGCUCGAUAAAAUCAGGAAUGAAAGUGACCUAACAUACCUAGCUAGAUUAAAUGAGUUUGAAAGUUAUGCAAUGAAGCUAGUUGUAGGAAAAAAGGUGUCUGCUGAUGUAAUGGCUAAGAAUUCAACCUUUAGUCUAUGGUUAAAAGAAUGGAGAGCAUUGAAUAACAAAUUUAUCCCCUAAUUAAUGUCACUCCUUUAGGAUGAUGGCACGUGCCAUCAACAUGGAUAGCGCAACAACCUGAUCCAAUGAAAGCGGGAGUGAUUGCAGGGACUAGAGAGGGCCCAGACAAGGCAUGGCUCUUACUCUAGGAUGACGUGGGGUUAGGAAUGGACCAAAUCCCACAUCAUCGGGGUGUGUUUAGGUGAUGUGCUAUAUAAGGAGUAGCACUCACUAACGAGGUGAAACCUAGAAAAACAAAACCAUGCAGACUUCGGCCCAAAGUGGACAAUAUUGUUGGCAAGUGAGGCUAGAGAUUGGCCCUUACUAUGGUAUCAAAGCCAAUAGCCCAGCUAAGAAAUGUGAUGUUUAGGGACAAACCAUGCGGAAGUUGGUAGGCCUAUAACGAUCUAGUUCGACAAGGGCAAGAUUAAUUGCCAAGGCUAGAGAGGGCCUUGACAAGGUGUGGCUCCGAAGGAUGGUGGGGUGCAAAAAUGAAUUGAAUCCCACAUCGCUUAGGUGUGGUGAGGCGAUGUGCUAUAUAAGGAGCAUCACUAGCUUUAACUACAAAUGAGGCUUUUUCUGAGUGAAGUUUAGAAGAACAAAUCCAUACAUGCUUUGGCCCAAAGUGAACAAUAUUGUUGGCAAGUGGGGUUAGAGGUUGGCCCUUAUAGAUAGAGGGAUGUAAAAUUGAAGUGGCGUUGAGCUUCCCCUUGGGCUGAUAAGGGGCCGUCCCUUUAGUUAUGGAAGCUCGGCCUCCAUGGCCAUGGAGGAGCCAUCGCCUCGAGAUCAUCGACACCUCCAUGGCCACAAGACUUGGUGGUGAGGCUGAGAUCUCAAUGGGUCAUGGAGGGGCCGCUCAGAUCGACGACAAUGGAGCACAAAGCAUGCGUGAGUGCAGAGGGGGAGAGAGAAGAUGGCAAAGGGAGGCGUGACGGUAGGCUGAGGCUCAGGAGAGAGAAAGGGUUGGGAUUUAUGGUAUUGAAGAGGAGGGGGAGGGACCUGUAUUAGAUAUGUUGAGGAGUAGAGUUGGACGAACAUAAUUUUGCGAUCCUAAUAUGAAGACAACAAAUAGGACUUGCAGCAGACAGAAAAUUUGCAUUUGAGAUGGAGGACUAGGAAGAAAAUAUUGCGUGCCAAUCCGAUGCCUGUGUGUGAUAAUAUUAAUCCACUCAUCGAUUGACACAUGUCGUCCAGGCUCCUUUAUUGCCAAGCAUGGCUUCUGGAGAGAAUAUUAUGGUGCGUUUGGAAAGCAUUUGGGGAAAGUCUUUAGGAAAAUGCAAAGACCUUUGAGUCAAAUGUGUUUUUCAAAAUGCAAACUAUCUUUGGUAAAUUGUAAUUUGAAAGCCCUUUGUAAAGUACCUUUAAGCAAAAUGGUGUUUGGGGGAAUUACAUUUACAAAGGACGUUUGUGAUAAAAAAAAAUAAUCAAAAGAAAAAUAAAAUUUAUUAACCAUCAAGGGCAAGCGGCCCCCGGCGAUCGAAAUUUGUUACCGGCAGCCGACAUCUGACUCAAGCAGCCUCGGAGACGAUUGGGGAGGGCUACUCGGGGUCGAGCGACCCCCGAAGACCACUAGCAAAGGUUGCUAGAGGUCACACGACACCGCCGCGACCUCCAGCCACCUCGGAUCUAGGGUUGCGAGGUCGUGCAACGCCGCCUCAACCUCCGGCGACCCCCCUGCAACCUAGAUCCAGAGCAUCGGGGUCGCGGGAGGACCUCGUCGGCGAUUGCUCGUAGGCGGUGGUGCCAAGGCGCGGUGGCGUCGGGCUCUGGCCAAGGGGGAAAACCAGCGUCACAGCAGGGCGCGAGGGUUGGCGACCGAGCAGAGGACGAUGGGCAUAGGCGUGACGGAGGUGAGCUGCUGAGGCGGAGGUCCUGCAAACGACGAGUGGAAGCGUCUGCCGGCACAGCGGAGUCAAGCGCUAGGUCGUGGGCUAUUGGGCGGCGAUGGCGUCGGGCGGAGGCGAGCUUAGAUCUACAGGUGUCGGGGCACUCAAGCAACGAGAUCGAGACAGCAGCAGUCAAACGGUGAGGGCCUGAGGCGCUGGGUCGCGAGCUGCUAAAUGACGACGGCGUCGGGCAGAGGCGAGCAGCGGUCGGUGGUGACGUAGUCGUCGAGCGAGAUCAGCACGGCAAGCUUCGCGAUCUACUGUAGGUGUGGU